AUGGCAAUGUGUUUUCGCUGCGGUCUUGCUGGCUCAGUGUUUGUUUGCAGCCGAUGUCAUCAAGUCUACUUCUGCAGCCCGCAAUGUCAGAAAGGAGGAUGGAGGCAGCACCGGCCUGACUGUCUCCAGGCACGCAAGCCACAUCCGCGUGUUCGCGUGUACGCGAACCUGGGAGCCCUUCACGGAGAGGUCGACGUUGAGGUCCCUUCGAGUAGCAGCCUGCGAGACAUACGCCAGAAGCUGGCAACCGUCUUUGGCAGUGGCAGCUGCCGCCUCUUUGCUUGUGGGGAGGAGGUUCUCAGUCUCGAGCACUUCUGGGAGGUCCGGCAGCGGGACAUCAUUGUGUCAGCUGGGGUGCCUUUGCGAGGGCCCAGCAGUCCAGAGAGAAUGGAUCAUCCUUCAACCAGGUAUCCUGCGUCUUUGGUUGGCAGCACGGUGGCCCGCAUUGCAGCAGACGACCCUGAGGUUGAACAUCUUUUGCGAGCUCCCGUUCCUAUCGUCGUCACCGGCAGCAAGCUAGCCGACAAGGCAGUGGGCCGCUGGAGCUUUGAUUAUUUGGAGAGAACGCUUGCAGAUGUGGACAACUUCUUCGUGCUUUGCGCUCCGGAAGAGAGCCAAGGGCGCUUUGCCUACUAUGACUUCUCAGAUGGCAAAAAUCCAUGUGCUUACAAUGUCGUUCCGGGCAAUCGCCGUGUUGAGAUGAGAUUCUCAGAGUUUCGGCAGAAGGAGUGGACAGAGCGCAUGUCCAAGAGCUGCACUGCUGGCUUGGCCAGGCCCUUCGGCGUGGCCACUUGCAGAAGGAGGCGUCCCAGUCUGAACGCUGGCGUGCUGCAAGCCGGACAGCAGACCGAACUGCUGGCGCAAAGGCCACGCUUGUUUGCCCGAGCUGCAUGCAACCUUGAAGUUCAGCUGCUGGGCUUGGAUGACAUCGCGCUGUUCACGCAGGAAUGUCCAAGUUUGCGCGAGAAGUUCUUGGAGGGAGCGUUGCUGGGUGUCUACCCUCCAGAGUUCAUCGCUGGCUUCGUGGACACAAUUUUUACGCAGCUGAUGGAGAAGUGUCGGGCGCUGGGGCGCCAAGCCUCAGAGUCAAGGAGCACCGUUACCAGGUUUAUGGCAGCCCUGGGGCGAGCGGUGCAGAACCUGGAGGCAACAGGCGCUGAGCGAGGCGCCGCCUGA